CGAAACGAUCCACCCGUCAUUAGGGCUAGAAUUAAAGCUGUUACUGUUGCUUCUAUUAUAUCCGCUUUGAUUGUUUGGUACUUCAAUACAACUCAAUAUAAUGUCUGGACGUUAUUAGGUGUUUUACCUCAGCAACCAGUAUUACAUUUGCUGUCUGUUGUAAGUAGGCCACUUCUAUUGACUGGCCUCUUAUUUCUGGGACCUAUAUCCAUGAUGUUCUUCGAAGAAGAAUUACCUUUCCAAAAGCAUUUUGUGUUUAGAAGAGAUAUAGUGGAUAUUUUCACAUCUUUGCAAGGUCAGCGCAAUUAUGUAGUGGGUCCUUUGACAGAAGAAUUUGUAUUUAGAGCAUGCGUCAUAGCAAUUCUUUUUCAAGCUCACUAUUCAAAAAAAUACUUAAUUUUUGCCUCCCCUUUGUAUUUUGGCCUAGCUCAUUUGCAUCAUACUUGGGAAAACUAUAAUGCUUUCGGUAGAAACAGCAGGGCAUUGAAAAGAGCAAUAUUCGUUUCCUUAUUUCAGUUCACUUAUACGACUAUCUUUGGAUGGUAUGCAAGCUUCUUAUUCAUUCGAACCAAUCACGUAUUACCACCUAUACUGUGUCAUUCCUUUUGUAAUAUAAUGGGAGUUCCUGAUAUC